GUUUCGUAUUUCGUUUUAUAGUAAAAAACAAAGGGAUUUACAGAAAUCAAAAUGAGUUGUUUUCGUCGUUUUGGGAUUUAAACAACGAAAACGGGAAACCGGCUACACAUUUCCGUUUUAAAACACAAAAACGAUGGCAUUUGAGUUUGAAGCGCUAAAAGUAACUGUCAGCAGGUAACCGUUAACUCGCACGGAUCUUCUCGCUCGUGGACUGGGAGCGUUGGACCGCCGAGUAGCGUCCGCACAACCGGAAACAGGAAGACAAGAAGCAGAGGAAUAACAACAACACCGACAUGGCCGCAGACAGUGAUCCCGAGUCCGAGGUGUUCGAGAUCACCGACUUCACCACCGCGUCCGAGUGGGAACGGUUCGUGUCCAGAGUGGAGGAAGUGCUGAAUGACUGGAAGCUGAUUGGGAGCCGUGCAGGAAGCUCGACCCCGGAGAAGGGGGAAUUCACCAGUGGCUCCUGGGGGGAGAAGUCUCAGGAUAUCCAAUUUGCUGACUUUAAGUUCCACAUAAGUCAUUACUUCCUGAAACAAGAAUGUGAGCAGGAUGAUGGGAAGGACCAGCCCGAGGAAGAUGCCUUCCCUGUGGCAAUGCAGGAUCUUCUGUGCAUGAACAAUGACUUCCCUCCUCGAGCCCACUGCCUGGUCAGAUGGUAUGGCAUACGAGAGUUUGUGGUCAUCUCCCCUGGAACCAACUGUGAGGUGAUCACCAGCGAGUCAAAAUGUAAUCUGCUUCUUAGCUCCAUCUCCAUUUCUCUGGCCAACAGUGGCAGCCAGGUGCCCAUGUUUGUACAGAUCCAGCAGAAGUGGAGGCGGGUGUAUGCUGGAGAGUGCCAGGGUCCAGGUGUGCGCACAGACUACGAGAUGGUCCAUCUGCGCAAGGUGCCGAGCCAGUACAACCACCUGUCUGGCCUGCUAGACAUCUUCAAGUCAAAGAUAGGUUGUAGCCUCUCCCCUCUGCCUCCAAUCAACAUCUCCAUCCGCUUCACCUACAUUCUCCAGGACUGGCAGCAGUACUCGUGGCCACAGCAGCCUCCAGACUUUGACACACUCCUUGGAGGCGAGGUGGGAGGUGUGGAAUUUGGGAAGCUUCCAUUUGGAGCUUGCGAAGAACCAAUCAGUGAGCUUCACCUUGCAACUACUUGGCCUCACCUGACGGAAGGCAUCGUUGUGGAUAAUGAUGUGUACAGUGACCUCGACCCACUCCAAGCUCCUCACUGGUCAGUCCGGGUCCGGUCAGCUGAAAACCCUCAGUGUCUCCUGGGUGACUUGCUCACAGAGUUCUUUAAGCUCUGCUGUAGGAAGGAGUCUACAGAAGAGGUUCUAGGAAGAGGGAUGGCUGAAGAAGAGGGCAAAGAAAAUAGUGACAUCAGCUCUGCGCUAUCGAAGCUGACAGACCCAACAGCAACAGUGCCAAUCUCCAAACUGUCUGUCUCCAACAUGGUGCACAGCGCCCGCAAGCACAUCCGGCGCCACAGACGCAUAGACGAGUCCCCUCUCAACACCGAUGUACUCAAUUCAAUCCUUCUGUAUCUCUUCCCGGAUGCUGCUGUGGAGAAGUCAUCAGAGAACAGCAAGAAUAGAACAAAUCCAUCCAACUGCUGUGGGAAAGAUGAGCAGAAUAAGAACUCUGACUACAACCUUUUCCUCCAGCUGAAGUCAGCGCCUAGCAACAGUCUGACCUACCGGCUGGCUCUGUGUGCGUGUCUGGUCAACUACAACCAUGGCGGGCUGCGUGCCGUCGCCCACCUCUGGCAGGAGUUCGUCCUGGAGCUGCGCUACCGCUGGGAGAACAACUACUUCAUCUACGGACUGCCUGCUGGACCUCCCGACCUUCGCUGUUGUCUUCUGCACCAGAAGCUCCAGAUGUUGAACUGUUGCAUCGAGAGGAAGAGGGCCAGAGAUGAAACGCGCAAGGUGCUGGAGGGGAGCAGAGAACGAGAGCGCAGGGUGCCCCCACCAGAGUCCACUACGGCAGCACCGGGCUCGGCGAGGGAGGUGUCCCCGGGGAAGUCGUGGGACUCGUGGAGCGACAGUGAGGAGGAGUUCUUUGAGUGCCUGAGUGACCAAGGAGACAUGGAGGCAGAGAAGGAUGGCAGUAAGAGUCGAGCCGAGGGAAGGCUUCACCCCUUCAACAACACGACUCUCCUCAAGUGUACGGAGCCUCUCUACGUUCCUGUCACACAGGAACCCGCUCCCAUGACAGAGGAUUUAUUAGAGGAGCAGUCAGAAGUACUGGCCAAACUGGGCACAUCCGCUGAAGGAAGCCACCUGCGUGCUCGCAUGCAAAGUGCCUGUCUGCUCUCGGACAUGGAGUCCUUCAAGGCAGCCAACCCAGGCUGUGUUCUGGAGGACUUUGUGCGCUGGUACUCCCCUCGGGAUUACGUGGAGGAGGAGCUGGUCGAUGAGACGGGUAACAAAGAGGUGAAAGGUGAGCUCAGUUCCAGGAUGAAGAUCCCAGGCAACAUGUGGGUGGAGGCUUGGGAUACAGCCAGGGUUACACCUGCACGCCGCCAGAGACGGCUGUUUGACGACACUAAGGAGGCCGAAAAGGUUCUGCACUAUUUAGCAGUGCAGAAACCCGCUGACCUGACCCGCCAUCUCCUGCCCUGCAUCCUCCAUGCGGCUAUCCUGAAGUUGAAGGAGGAAGAGUCUAUAGAAGACAUUCCAUCAGUCAAAAAGACCAUUCAGCAAGCUACGGGCCAAGCCAGCAAGCUGCUGCACCCCCUCAAUCACGACUACAAGAAGCUAGAGGAUUUCAUCAAUCAGCUGAUGCUCAUGGAGACGGCCAUCACCAGAGCUCGUUCCCUCAAGGCCAAGUUUGCCAGUUGUGAGGACGGGAAAGAGGAGGACACAGAAGAGCUAGAGAAGUUUGUGAGCUCGCUGCUGGAGGAACCAGAGGUGGUGGUGAUCGGAGCUGGCCAGGGGCCGGCCGGCAGCAUCAUCCACAGGCUGUUUGUCAACGCUCAGAGGCUGGCUGACUUCACCAGUGACGAGGCUGCCCUUCUAGCACCACUGGAUGAUGACUUGUGCCGUGACAAGAAGCCGACUGGGGGAAGCAAUAAAGUGCCUGACUUCCCUUCUCCGGCGGGCCGGGAGAUCCUGCUGCGUACAUGUGUCCCUCGGCCGGCACCGUACUCCAAAGCUCUGCCCCAGCGCCUUUUCUGCGUGCUGAUGAAGGAGGAGUUCAGGCUGGCAGGGGCCUUCUCAUUAGACACGUCCUUCUUUUAAGACAAGACAGCCAUUACAUGGUAGUUCAUCUGCCACCACGCAGAGACACAGGGGCCUUUCGUAGUUAGUCCUCUGCUGAUUAUCUCGGUGUGUAUAAAUGCUUCUAUUCAUGCAUGACAUAUGUUGUCUAUAUAAUAACCUGAAACAUAGGACAGUAUUGCUACUUGAAAUGAGUAAGGCAUAUUUAUCUCACUUUUAUUUGGUCUUUAUUGCAUCGCAUUGCAUUGGGGUUACUAAAACAAAACUAAUGGCAAAGGGUAACGGUUCUAAGCAGCACACUUUUUAGGCAAGUAGGAAAUUUCCCUGUAAACCACCUAAAAUGCUGUGUUACCACAUUAUAGACUGAAACAGUUGGAUGAACAUCCCGUCAUCCUCACACUGGUCAGACUAUGUCCUCACCCAUGUAGUUAAUUUCACAUUUCAAAACCUCAAAGUUGUGUGGUUUUGGAAAGUUCUGAGAUGGUAUAUGUUGUAUAUUCAGUAAUAGAUCAAUACAAGUUGAACAGAUGUCUUCUCCCCAGAGAGAUACCACAUGCCUGGGCCAGCCUUCUGUAGCCUGCAGCUCUCGGACAGCUGAUCUCAGUACAGCUACUGUCAUUAAUCAGUGUUUGUUGUCUUUGCAGCAGAAAUAAUGAUUUCAUGUAGGAUACAUAGAUAAAUAAUAAACAAUUGUGAGCUGUAAGAAUGUCCCAUAAACUUUUUGUAAAUGUUCCAAUUUCUUCAGUCAGUCUGCUAGUUAAACACACAAUUACAAUUCAACACUAGUGUUCUAUGAAACAAUUUACAAUACUUUUUUUUACUGUGACCUUAAUGGUAACGUAAAGGAGUCUUCUGCCCUUGGUUGCACAGCCACAGAUGUCUUUUCAGCUCUGGUUUUAAGGCUGAAGUAGUUGCUGACAAUUCAACUAGUGUUUUUACAGGAAUGCUUGUUCACACAAUUACAUAUUUAUAUCUAUAUAGACAUAACAUAUUUUUUCUGCUUUGUAGGUGUAACUUUGUAACAAAUGAUGUGAGACACCUGUCUAUUUAAUUAUUGUACACUACAUGUACUGUUGUUGCUCUCAUGUAGAAAUAAACACUGUCAAUAAGUCGA